AACGAUAACCACGCUACUCAUGGGGUCAAAGUGGCGUCUUUCAAAUUUGACUAUGUCAAAGAACCUUUAGUGCUCACGAUCUUCAUAAUUGUAAUUGGAAUUUUCAAACUAGGUGACGAUACACACGAGUCUGUGAAAUUUUUAGAAUUCAACUCAAAAACCUUUUUCUUUUUUCUUCUACCUCCUAUCAUAUUAGAAUCUGCGUAUUCACUUCGAGACAGAGCAUUUUUAGAAAAUAUUGGGACGAUUAUCCUCUACGCAGUUGUGGUCUUGGCAAUCUUCCAAGAAGUUGGCGUUAAUAAAAUGCUGUACUUUAUGGUGUUCGGAGAAUCACUGCUGAAUGAUGCUGUGACUGUCUGUUUUAUGGGUUUCUUAGCCUUUCUAUGCGUCUCCUUAGGAGGACUAGCAAUAGGCUUAUUUUUUGGAUUCUUGUCUGCUUUUGUGACAAAGUUCACCAAGCAUGUACGAGUGGUAGAGCCAGUGAUCAUGUUUGGAAUGGCGUACCUGGCUUACAUGGGCAGUGAAUUAUUCCAUUUCUCUGGAAUUAUUGGCUCCAUUUCUGAAUCUCUCAUUUUUAUUGUCCUUGGUGUUAUGCUCGUUAAUGAGCAAGAAUGGUUUUGGAGCGACUGGCAUCCACUAUUUUCCCUAGGAGCGGUCUCAUUUUCGCUUGCCUUUAUGAUCAGCAAUAACGUACCAGUAAAGAACACAAUACUGUCGGCAACUUAUAUGGUGAUACUAGUUACUGUGUUUUUGCAGGGAGGAACAAUUAAACCGCUAGUGCGAUACUUAAAUAUUCGCCUAGCUCGUAAAGAGGAUCACUUUAGACUAUUUAUGGAGUUCAAUCGUGGAAUGAUAGUGCAUAUGACACAAGGAAUAGAAGAUUUGUGUGGAUAUAAGGACCGUAGCGUUGCUGUAAGUAUAACAAUUGCUUGUGUGCAUAUUUGCGCAACGUUCCCUCAUUUCUUGCAUCAAUUGAGUGUGCUUUCGAAAGCCUAUUUGCGUCCACUGCUGCAACGGGGUUAUAAAAACGAACAGAAAGAGAGUAAACUGCUGGAAAUGGAUCGAUUUGAGACUAUGAGGGAAUUGAAACAAAGUCCGUCACAAAGUUCGUUCAAGUGGCAGCAAGCCGUUGAUGAAUUGGCCGAAAGAGGAGAGAUUCCCCGCGAUAUGUUGGAGGAAGAAGAGUUCUUCAUUAAGAAGAAGGAAGACAUCGAAAAGGAGACAGAACUGCUUACAAAAGAUAUUUCAAAUAUACGACAGCUUUUGCAUAAUCCUUUCGAAGAG